GGGGUGAUGACUCACUCAUCACCCCAUUAACGUAGGGUCACUCAAGGCAUGUCACAAAAGAUGUGGAAGACGAAUGAGGGAAUGGUAAGCGCGAGGUGGUGGACUGUGCCAAUCAACGUCAAAACCCAGUUCAAGCACGCCAUCACCAGGGCCCAUUCAACCAAUAUCACGGCUAAAAUGCAGGGACAGAUAGCCGACAUCGAUAUGCAUGGCAGUUGUAGUGCCUUCUGCCUUGGGCGACUGACUCACACACUUUCUAUGAUUUCUGACAGCUGAAGGAAGCCGCGAGUCUACCAGAAAGCCACAUUUCAAACCAGCACCAUGUCGGCCGAACUUAACCUGCAGUCGAAGCUGCCCCUUCCUUCCAGUGACUCUCAAAUUCCCGUCUUGGGCCUUGGAGUCUGCGUCUCUUCAAGAUGCGAACAAUCAGUGCUGUCUGCACUCGAACAUGGCUACCGCAGUGUCGACACUGCUCAGAUCUAUUACAACGAGCGCGAAACUGGCACUGCCGUAAACAAGUUCCUGUCUCAAAACCCGUCUGUCAAGCGUUCGGAUAUUUUCGUUUGCUCGAAACUAUGGGAAGUCGACCUUUCAAGAUCUGAUAUGCCUACCUCAUUCGAUGAACUCUGCAACGCUGGACCAUGGCCCUUGAACAGUCUCGAAGCCGGCCACACUACCUAUUCUCGCGAUGGAGCUCUCCAAGGUCUGGAGAAGAGUCUGAAUAUUUCUGGCCUCGACUACUUUGACCUCUACCUCCUGCACAACCCAAGGCCUGGCGCCACUGCACGCCAUGAAGCCUGGCUCGGACUCCAGGACGCCUUCAGAUCUGGAAAGACCAAGGCCAUCGGUGUCAGCAACUGGUCUCCCAAGCAUAUUGACGACCUCAUGGCACACUCGGAUGUCGACAUCUUGCCCGCAGUAAACCAAAUUGAAUUCCACCCCUGGAACCAACAGCGCGUUAUUGUUGACUACUGCCGCUCUAAGGGCAUCGUGGUGACCGCUUACUCGCCCUUGACGCAAGGCAAGCGUCUCGGUGAUCCCGUCAUUCAGAAGAUCGCUGAGAAGCACGGCAAGACUGCUGCGCAGGUCGUCCUGCGUUGGUGUCUGCAGAUGGGCAUCUCCGUCAUCCCCAAGAGUGACCGCGAUGCUCGCAUUGCUGAAAACGCUGAUGUAUUUGGCUGGUCGCUCGACAGUGAGGAUAUGGCGGAAAUCGAGAAGUUGGACGAGGGUCAGAAGGGAAACAUCGGAGAGUGGGAUCCUUUUGCCUGGGAGUAAAGCGGGACUUUCGUCACUCACGUCCCAUGUAGAUAAAACACAAAAGUACUAUAACAUUCCGUUG